AUGGGUGACUCCUCCAAUGUUUCUGGCAGAGACCACGCUCUUGAGCUGGACUCCAACGACGCUCUCAAACACACUCGCGAGGAGUUCAACAUCCCAUCCAAAGCUGAUGUAGCUCGCAAAACUCUCCCUACCAGUGACAGCACGGAUGCCGACGAUAAAGCGAUUUACCUUGUAGGCAACUCUCUUGGUCUUCAGCCCAAACGCACUUUGGAUCGCAUACAGCAAUACCUCGCGACAUGGCGCACACAAGGUGUACAGGGCCACUUCAAGCCCCUUGAUGACUCUCCUCUGCCAACAUGGCUAGACGUUGAUGCUCGUGCGGCCGAGAUGAUUGCGCCAAUUGUGGGCGGCAAGGUCAGCGAAGUGGCUGUCAUGCAGACUCUCACGGCCAAUCUUCACUUGUUGAUGGCGGCAUUUUAUAAGCCUGAUGUUGAGGGACGGCAUAAAAUCAUACUAGAGAGCAAAGCAUUUCCAAGUGAUCAUUAUGCUGUUGAGACACAAAUACGGCAUCACGGACUCCGUCCUGAAGACUCGAUGAUUACCAUUGAGCCUCCAAACAACGAGGACAUUCUCUCUAACGAAUAUGUGGAGUCCAUUAUCGAGAAGCACGCCUCCACUACUGCAGUACUUCUCCUUCCAGGUAUUCAAUACUACUCGGGCCAGCUCCUUGAUAUUCCACAUUUGACUAGUUUUGCUCGCGAGCGUGGCAUAUUCGUAAUUUGGGAUCUCGCUCAUGCUGCAGGCAAUGUGCCUCUCUCAUUACACGACUGGAACGUCGACGCGGCUGCUUGGUGUACAUACAAGUACUUGAAUGGCGGACCAGGCUGUAUUGGAGGGCUGUUUGUUCACGAACGUCACACGCAGGUUGGGGACGAUGGAACGCACAACGUGAGACUCGCCGGCUGGUGGGGGAACGACAAGAAGAACCGAUUCGCAAUGAGACCUGGUUUCGUUCCUGUGCCUGGCGCAGCAGGGUUUCAACUCAGCAAUCCCUCCGUACUUGACAUAACAUCCCUUUGUGCUUCCCUCGAGGUAUUCGAGCUAGCCGGCGGUAUGGCUCCUCUACGCGAAAAGAGCACCAGAUUAACGGCCUAUCUCGUCUCCGAACUGCAGAAACUGCCGCAGGAUAUGAGCGCCUACUGGAAGAUCAUCACGCCCAGUGAGCAAGAACGUCGUGGGGCGCAGGUGAGCAUUCUCCUGGCCGAUGGAUUGCUUGAUGAGGUUAUGGCUGGUCUUGAGAGGAGGAGUGUUCUGGUUGACGAGCGCAGACCUAAUGUGAUUCGAGUAGCGCCUGCACCGCUGUAUAAUACUUUCUUAGAUUGCUGGGGCUUUGUCGGUGCGUUCAGGGGCGCUUUAGAGGAGGCCCUAGAUGCGAGGUGGAAAAGGGAGCAAAUGGAUGAGUAG